AAGAAAUCUUCUGGUCCCUUUUCUGGUUUAUCACUGAUGUUGUCGCAGAUCCACCACGCUGAGGAUAUCACCUUCGCCCAUCUAUUCUUAUGAAAGUACAACCGUUUCGCUGUAAAAGAGGAUUUCUGGAACACUGGGAUCAAACUUUGGAUCUGUCCAGGACAGGCGUUUUAUCGUGGGUUUUUUUCAUGUAUUGGAAAAAUGAAGUUUUGGCCCCUCUCCCUGAGGGCAAUAAACUUUUAUCCGAAGGAAUUCCAACUAAACAGGUAAUUUCUCAAGAAAUACAGAACACACAAGGAUCAUCCCGCUGUGUAGAGAGCAAACAUUCACAGAUAAUGUCCCACUCGGAUGGUGAAUCUCACCGGUCGACUAUGGAUAAGGAGGACGCUCGGUCUUCCCCCAGUCCUCCGUCCACACCCUCGAUAUGUUCUCCGCCUUCAUCGUCCUCGUCUGUCCCUUCUACAGGGAAGAACUUGUGUGCCAGUUGCGGUCUGGAAAUCCUUGACAGAUACUUGCUCAAGGUGAAUAAUUUGAUCUGGCACGUGAGAUGUCUGGAAUGUUCCGUUUGUAGAACUUCCUUGCGUCAGCACAGCAGCUGCUACAUCAAAAAUAAAGAGAUUUUCUGUAAAAUGGAUUAUUUCAGUAGGUUUGGUACAAAGUGCGCCCGCUGUGGGCGGCAGAUUUACGCCAGUGACUGGGUGAGAAGGGCCCGGGGAAAUGCCUACCACCUGGCCUGCUUUGCCUGCUUUUCCUGCAAGAGGCAGUUGUCCACGGGGGAGGAGUUCGGGCUGGUGGAAGAGAAGGUGCUGUGCAGGAUCCACUACGACACGAUGGUAGAAAACCUGAAACGAGCAGCAGAAAGUGGCAGUGGGAUCACGUUGGAGGGAGCUGUCCCAUCGGAACAAGACAGCCAGCCGAAGCCGGCGAAGAGAGCGCGCACGUCCUUCACGGCCGAGCAGCUGCAGGUGAUGCAGGCCCAGUUUGCGCAGGACAACAACCCAGAUGCACAGACGCUUCAGAAACUCGCCGACAUGACGGGGUUGAGCCGCAGGGUUAUACAGGUUUGGUUUCAAAACUGCAGAGCAAGACACAAAAAACACACGCCCCAGCACAGUGGACCUCCCCAGGGGCCACCUCAGUCCAGGAUGCCCCCCUCCCUCCCAGAAGACAUUCAUUACUCCCCCUUCGGCAGCCCCGAGAGAGCCCGCAUGGUAGCACUGCAUGGAUAUAUUGAGAGUCACCCGUUCUCCGUGUUGACUGCACAGACUCUUCCUCACCAAGCCCUGGCUCUUCCUCAGCUGCCACUCAGCCGCUAGCCCACUCUGAGACAGCCCAACCCCCCCCCCCCACCCAGAACUCUGUCAGGAACCGUGGGGCAAUGGCGAGAGGCUAGCCGCGCUCCGCCUCACCCCCCCCCCCCCCCGAGCCUCUUCAGCGUGGCUGUCUGGACGCCCCAGCGAGAGACACCCCUGGAUUUCCCUUUCUGAGAAGAUUGUUUCAAUUUCAGUGGUUCAUAUGCAAAACGGAAAAAAAAAAAUCUCCUGCACAACAAGGCAUGUUGGUUUGAGAAGGGAGAGACAGCCGCCGAGGCCCUGCCUGUGAGACAACCCACAGCCGGUCUUCAGCCCGCGGAGUUGUGAUUUUCCCCAGCAGCAGCAAGUUCCUCCUGGAUUUCUUUUUCAUCAGCAGUGCCUUUUUUUGGUUUCACCCUUUCCCUUUCCCCCCGCAAAAUGCCUUUGCCCCAAAGAAAUAUACGAAAGCUCAUUGUGUGGUGUCCGUCCGGUAAUUCGGCAAAAAGCAAAAAGUAAAAGACAAAAAGCCAGUGAAGUGAAAGAUAAUCGACCGUGGCCCAGGAGGUAAGUUGGCCCUGGCCAGGUGUGUGACUGACGCAGGUAAAAGGCUUCAAUUUACAAUUUAUAGAAGACUGUGAGAAUCGACACUACAACACAAGAUCUACUGAAGAUUCCCCUUUACAAAGUUACUUUUUAAGCUAAUCUUCUACUGCCUUUGGCUUGACGUAUCAUGGUUUGGGUUUAGAGAGAUGUAGCGCAUCAAACAAGACCUUUCCGAAACAUAAAUCAGUCAAUAGUUUUGUCUGUGUUCCUUAAAUGGGAAGAUUUUGAAAUCUUGUAAUCCUAUUGAUUAUUAGAAGGAUUUCCCAUAGAUUGUCCUUAAUUCAGAGGUUUGUGUGACUACUCUAGCCCACUACACAAGACAUCUUCAAUCUGUAGAUUGGCUUAAUUUCUUUUGAAACAUUUUUAUUUUCGUCAGUGAAAUCAGCAUUUUGGGAAAAAAUACAACUCCAUGCAUUAAAGUUUAGAAAUACUUUCCCGUAACUUCAAAUCACAGAGAAAGUAUUGUGUUCCAAAUAUCCUGGGUGUUGCUUUGCAUAAAAGGCCCGUGGUCCUUAGGAUUACACAUGCUGCUGUAGCAUUGACUGAAUGUAGCUGAUUACUUGUUUCACUAAGUGUAGCAAAAACUGCCUUCUGCACUAACUAGCCCUCAGCAGAGGAGGAUCAGUGCUGUAGGCAUUAUUAUUGUCUUUAAUUAUGGUACACUCAUUUUACAAGGACACAGACAAACCAUACCCGCUCGCUUUUUGCUCUGAACUGUUUGAGUUUUUUAUGACAACGCUCUUAGUAAAUUUUCUUCAAAAGUCACUGUCAAGAGGAAAUUGGAAAUCUCUUGAAGAAAACAAAUGUCAAACCAUAUACCACAUUUCAUUUCUUUUACCUGUAAAUUGCAAUUAGUUUUGAUUAAUAACAACAAAAAGCACAGGUAGUGCCUCUUUUCACAACACUGAACGUUUUAUGUUCUAAAUAAACAAGUAGUUCACUAAUACUCUAGUUUUUAAAUAAAUGUAUAAAAGUACAUAUUGAGGGCACCUACAGUUAUUAACAACCAAUUAUCCGUGCAGAUUAAAAGCUUGUUUAUUCAGCAACAAUAUAAAAUGCUACCAACCUUAGGUUUCCUUUUUGAAUCAAUGGAUGUUUGAAUGAUUGAGCAUUUGUAUUUAUUAAGCAUGAAUGUUUGUAUGUAUUUAUGAAUGUUUGUCACAUAACUCUAUGAGAAAGACUCAGUCGCAGCAUUGUAAGGUGAACCAAAAAAUAACUAUUUAAAUAGACUUGCUGAAGAUUUUCAAAAUCAUGUGAUACAGAGAGACUGCUCAAAAACAGGGCCACAUUUGGUGCCUAAACGAGUGUUCUACAGAAUAAUGCAGAAUACAAUUUUAAGCAUUAUAUAGACUGAACUCAAUUUCUAAAGUUACAAAACACUACGUAAAGCUGUUCAGUGUCUUUAGUGCUAUUUGCAGUUGUGGACAAAAGCUUGCUGAGCCUUUUUGGAAAAGGGGGAGUAGAUGUUUUUCCACUCAAAGAUUCUUGUAGGGUAUUUGUUAAAUGUUUAUUUCUUGAUUAUAGUCUCUUAAUCGGUAUUUAGAUUGAAUGAAAGUUUUCUUUGCAAAGGGUUCUGCAAUCCUGUCCAUGACUGUGUGUUUAAUUCAUACAAAAAAGUGCCAUUACAACACAUUGUAGACAAUAUCAACAUUCCAGGAGGGGAAGAAAGAUCUCCAAAAUGCAACUAAAUAAAAUGUAAAAAAGCACAAUGGUGGGUUUAAUUAGUUUGGAAGGGGUUUAAAAAUUCUUGGACAGAAAUCAUUCUCCUAAAAGGUGUCUCUGGAAGCACUUAAAGGUUCCUGCCAGGCAGAAGGGAAGCCAUUUGUUUGAAAGAUGCAGCACAUUAAUAUCAUCAUUAAAACAUUUGCAGGGUUAGAGACCAUCAGCUGAUAAACUGAAAAGCCUGCAGCUUAGCAUUCCUGAAAUGGGAUUUGGCAAAAACUACUAAUCAAAACAUUUGCCCCUGAGAAAGAAAGUAUGGUUUAUUUAUCUUUAAAAAAACAUUGAACAUUUGGUCCUUUGAAGCAAUUUCACAAACCCUGUAAGAAAGUUGUCCCUGUGCUGCAAACAGUGUAAACAGGAUGAGCUGAUAAAGCUAUCCUUCCAUUCUGCUGGUCAGCCUGCCUCCUCCUGUCAGCCUGCAGGAAUUUAUCACAUUGCUUCUUGAAGGUUACAUUUUGUAAUUCAUCCAAGCUAAGUACCACUUUAUUAUGAAUGUGACCAGUGCGUUUUUAAAGCAGAUUGUAUGUCACAUAUUAUAAAUGUUGGAUUACAACAAUUCACCUCGGCUGUUCAGUGGGAAUAUCAGCAAUUUAAACAGGGAAACAACUGCAGUUAGGUUUCCUGCUCUAUCUCAGAAGAGACCUAAAAACCAAUGUGGAUUAUUAUACAGGUCCGAAGCCUGUUUUGGAAAAUGCUUUCAUGCUUUCAAAACCGAUUUAUAUGGCUUAUCUGUAUAACUGCAGUGGCUAAGAUGUAAUUGAUUUAAUGUAUAGGAGCUGAUUGAACAUUUUGAAAACAUCUCAAUUCUCCUAGCUUGAGGAAUCUGCGUAAUGCAUUGAAUUAUUGAAGUGAAAUUGAUUGAAAUUUUUCAGAAUAACUUGUAAUUAAAAGGACUUUUUCCAGGACAUGUAUUUUUUUACUUAUCUUUCGGGAUUUUACAGUGUUUGUAUUUUCCACAAGUAGCAUUACAAUGUGCUCAAAAGGGAUAAAAACGGUACAGUAAAAACAUCUUUCUGUCAUAAAAGCAGGCCGUCCAGUAAGCACAGUCUCUGCACUAGGCUAAAUUUCUGUUCUUAUCAAGGUUGGAUGUAAAUAGUUGUUUUUGGCAGUCUUUGUGCAAAGCAGAUGACUGCAUUUGUAUAAAGCUGUAACUUAGCAUGUCUUGGCUUUAGAACUAAAAGUCCUAACCUGUGAUGCCAGGGAAGACAAGACAUCAUUGUUCCAUAUUUAUUGAAAAAGUAAAACACAUGUAAGCACUUUUUUUCAAAUGUCUGUUUUGUUAAAAGAAAAAAAAAGUUGGA